AGACGGCGAUGCGCCGUGAUCGAGUUCUUCUCGAACUGCACAAAGUUUGGUGAAGAAAAUCAAGAGAAACAAGAGUGAUGAUGAUGACGUUCUUGUUGCGUGGUAGCGAUUGGUUGACACGCGUCAUACCUUCUUAAUUAACAUCAAUUUAAUUUCCUUUAUUAUUUACUCUAUUGCAUCACAGUCUAUAAGCUAUGAUCUGAAAAAAAUAAAAAAGCGUUUUCUCUUCUUCUUCUUUAAGCUUUCACAGUUACCCAAAAGUGAAGUAUACGCGUAACCUUAUUUCGCUGGAUUAUACUUUGAAUCAUGGCCGUUGAUUCGACUGACCGGCGAGAAGUCAUCCUCAAAAUCAACGAUCAUCCCGAGAACGCAACCACCACCAAUGGAGCCUCCGGCGAGACUCCCGGCAAGAUAUGGAGAGACGGAAGCUACGAUUUCUGGACCGACGGCCACGACGGCAACCUCCACAAAGGCGUCAACCCCCCCGAAGGCGAGAGAUCCUCCGCCGCGGCCUCCGAGGAAGGCAAAGACAACGAGCCGUUCGAGUUCCGACGCGGCGGCGAUGAUCCUCCGACGAAGCUCAUCGGUCAGUUCCUCCACAAACAGCAAGCCUCCGGCGAGAUUUCCCUCGACAUGGACCUGAGCAUGGACGAGCUUCAGAACCAGUCCAAAGGCUUGACUCCCGUCUCCGAAUCUCCGGCGUCGGCGAAGGCUAACAACAACAACAACGGAGAAGUCGUCGUCAAGUGUAGCGGAGCCGCCGCCGCUCCGAGUCAGAGAAGCUCCACGAACUUGCUCAAGAUGAGGACUAGGUCGCGCCUCUCCGAUCCGCCGACGCCGAAGCCUCCGCUGCCUCCCUCGGGUCGGAUCCCGAAGUCGGGGCAGAUGAAAUCAGGUUUGUUCGGGAAAAGCCCUAGAAAUCACCAAAACGACGACGAAGAAGACGAUCCGUUCGCGGAGGAGGAUCUACCUGAAGAGUAUAGAAAAGAUAAGCUCAGCUUGUGGAUUGUGCUGGAGUGGCUGAGUUUGAUUCUGAUCAUCGCCGCGUUGGUUUGCACGCUCUCGAUACGUUACUUGCGCGACAAGGUAAUCUGGGAGCUUCAUCUCUGGAAGUGGGAGGCGAUGGUGUUGGUGUUGAUCUGCGGGAGGUUGGUGUCCAGCUGGAUUGUCAAGAUUGUUGUUUUCUUCGUUGAGAGAAACUUCCUUUUGAGAAAGAGGGUUUUGUAUUUUGUUUACGGAGUUAGAAAGGCGGUGAUGAAUUGCUUGUGGUUAGGGCUCGUGUUGCUUGCGUGGCACUUCUUGUUUGAUGAGAAAGUCGCGGAAGCUGCGAAUACUAAGGCCCUUCGUAAAGUGACUAAGACCAUUGUUUGUUUGUUGGUUGGGUUCUUGCUCUGGCUUGUGAAGACGUUGCUGGUGAAAGUUCUCGCGUCUUCGUUUCAUAUGAGUACUUACUUCGAUAGGAUUCAGGAGUCUUUGUUUACUCAGUACGUGAUCGAGACCUUGUCUGGUCCUCCUUUGAUUGAGAUUCAGAGGAACGAGGAGGAGGAAGAGAGGAUCAGCGUUGAGGUUAAGAAGUUUCAGAACCCUGGUGGCGGUGGUGUUGAGGCUCAGAAGAGUCCGGUUGAGAAGAGUCCGUUGCUGAUAUCUCGCGUUCUCUCUGAUGGAGGUGGGGAUAAGAAAGGGAUCACGAUUGAUAGCUUGCAUAAGCUGAAUACUAAGAAUGUUUCCGCGUGGAAGAUGAAGAGGCUGAUGAAUAUAAUAAGGCAUGGAUCGUUGACUACUUUGGAUGAGCAGCUGCAAGAUCCGAACUUGGAGGAUGAUAAAGGAAACCAGAUCAGGAGUGAGUUUGAGGCUAAGCUUGCUGCUAGAAAGAUCUUUCACAAUGUAGCCAAGCCUGGAUCAAAGUUCAUCUACCUGAAGGACAUAUCACGGUUUCUGCCAGAAGACGAAGCUUUGAAGACUUUAAGUCUCUUUGAAGGAGCAACUGAGACGAACCGGAUCAGCAAAUCAUCUCUCAAAAACUGGGUGGUGAAUGCUUUCAGAGAGAGGAGGGCACUUGCGUUGACGCUAAACGACACAAAAACAGCAGUGAACAGGCUUCACAAGAUGGUGAACAUCGUAGUUGGGAUCAUCAUAGUCAUCAUCUGGCUUAUCAUACUUGGAAUCACUUCCACCAAGUUCCUAGUGGUCAUGAGCUCGCAAGUCGUGGUUGUAGCGUUCAUAUUUGGAAACAUGUGCAAGAUAGUGUUCGAGUCUAUCAUCUACUUGUUCGUGAUACACCCCUUUGAUGUAGGCGAUAGAUGUGAGAUCGACGGAGUCCAGAUGGUUGUGGAAGAGAUGAACAUACUGACAACAGUGUUCUUGAGGUUUGAUAACCAGAAAGUUGUGUACCCGAACAGUCUCCUCUGGACUAAAUCCAUUGGAAACUACUACCGUAGUCCUGAUAUGGGAGAUGGAAUCGAGUUCUCCAUCCACAUUACUACUCCAGCUGAGAAGAUCGUGCUCAUCAAGCAGAGAAUCACAAGUUACAUUGAGGGGAAGAAGGACCAUUGGUAUCCAGCGCCAAUGAUAGUAUUCAAAGACAUGGAGUCGCUAAACAGCGUGAGGAUUGCCGUCUGGCCAACGCAUAGAAUGAACCAUCAAGACAUGGGAGAGAAAUGGGCUCGAAGGUCUCAGCUUGUUGAAGAGAUUGCCAAGAUCUGCAGAGAGCUUGACAUUGAGUAUAGGUUGUAUCCUCUUGACAUCAAUGUCAGAACCUUGCCCACUCCUACUGGUUUGCCUGUUUCCGACCGUCUUCCACCUCACUGGGCUGCUCCUGGUUCCAGCAGCAAAUGAGUCGGUAUGGAAUGUGAAACAUUUUAUAUAGUUUUGGAUCAAGAGGACCUGUGUUUUCUACUGGAUGAUAACUUCACUUUUAAUGUAAUGCACUCUGCAUAGUGUA